CUCUUACGUCAUUCCCGUCCAAUCGUAAGGCAAGGUUGGGCCCCGGCAAACCGUAUUUAAAGAAGUGCCAGCCUAAGCGCUCAACUCGCCCAACUGUUCGUUCCGAGCGGCAGUAACUUACUUACUCACCAUGGCACGUACUAAGCAAACGGCCCGCAAGUCCACCGGUGGCAAGGCGCCCCGCAAGCAGCUUGCCACGAAGGCAGCUCGCAAAUCUGCUCCUGCCACUGGAGGUGUCAAGAAGCCCCACCGUUACAGGCCAGGAACCGUGGCCCUCCGUGAGAUCCGCCGUUAUCAGAAGAGCACCGAACUGCUUAUCAGGAAGCUGCCUUUCCAGCGCUUGGUGCGUGAAAUUGCCCAGGAUUUCAAGACUGACCUCCGCUUCCAGUCCUCCGCUGUCAUGGCCCUCCAGGAAGCUUCCGAGGCUUAUCUCGUGGGUCUCUUUGAAGACACUAACCUGUGCGCCAUCCACGCCAAGCGUGUCACUAUCAUGCCCAAGGACAUCCAGCUGGCUCGUCGAAUCCGUGGCGAGCGUGCCGUGUGGCUCCUAUGGAGCCGGAGACGGCGUGCUUUGCCAGUUCGCCGGGCAGAAGGAGACGGACGGCAGUCUGGAUCUCCCGGCUGUAAACUUGUAGACAAGUUUAGGUGGUCACCCAACCAGGGGCUGACCGAGCCCGGCGCAGCAACCCAGAUUGGUUUCAGCCUGUCCGCUCCGUGGGAGACGGUGAACCGACCAAUGAGGAGACAGGUUGGGUGUUCUUCUCGGCUUCGCUGGGGAGAUGCAGAGCUGACGGAGUGUUACUUGCUAAUACUACCACUACUACUUGUUAAUCCCACCUACUACUACCUACUCGCCAUGUCCGGACGCGGCAAAGGAGGAAAGGUGAAGGGAAAGUCAAAGUCCCGUUCCAGCCGUGCUGGACUCCAGUUCCCGGUCGGCAGGAUUCAUCGCCUCCUGAGGAAGGGCAACUACGCCGAGCGAGUGGGGGCUGGCGCCCCCGUGUACCUUGCAGCGGUCAUGGAGUACCUGGCCGCCGAAGUCCUCGAGCUUGCCGGCAACGCCGCCCGCGACAACAAGAAGACUCGCAUCAUCCCGCGUCACCUGCAGCUGGCCAUCCGGAACGACGAGGAACUUAACAAGCUCCUCUCCGGGGUCACCAUUGCACAGGUUGCUGUUGUUGACACCAAAUUCCAGACACCAGAUUUAACCGCCAAAUCCGUAGAGGGUACGUCCCUGACGCUUGAGGGCGUAGACGACGUCCAUGGCAGUGACGGUCUUGCGCUUGGCGUGCUCGGUGUAGCGCUCAACUCGCCCAACUGUUCGUUCCGAGCGGCAGUAACUUACUUACUCACCAUGGCACGUACUAAGCAAACGGCCCGCAAGUCCACCGGUGGCAAGGCGCCCCGCAAGCAGCUUGCCACGAAGGCAGCUCGCAAAUCUGCUCCUGCCACUGGAGGUGUCAAGAAGCCCCACCGUUACAGGCCAGGAACCGUGGCCCUCCGUGAGAUCCGCCGUUAUCAGAAGAGCACCGAACUGCUUAUCAGGAAGCUGCCUUUCCAGCGCUUGGUGCGUGAAAUUGCCCAGGAUUUCAAGACUGACCUCCGCUUCCAGUCCUCCGCUGUCAUGGCCCUCCAGGAAGCUUCCGAGGCUUAUCUCGUGGGUCUCUUUGAAGACACUAACCUGUGCGCCAUCCACGCCAAGCGUGUCACUAUCAUGCCCAAGGACAUCCAGCUGGCUCGUCGAAUCCGUGGCGAGCGUGCCUAAUAAGUGUGUCAUCCAAGGCAAGCAAGCAACAACAAA